AUGGGAGGCAGUACUCGAAAGAAAAGUGGAAAUGCUGGCAGUCGGCCGAGAGGUCGGAGUAGGAGUGAAAAGAAGAACAACCAUUCCGUCAAAGAAAGCGCAAACAAAGUUUCAUCAGACAGUCAUCGCCCAAUUCUUCAUUUUGUUCCCAAAUUCGUUCCCGUUGUGGUCUUCCCUUCCAAAUCUCCAAGCGGAGGGACCACUCUACAAGGCGGUGGUGGUGGUGGUGAGAAACCUGUUGCUGGUGGUAGUGAAGACAGUGGGAAGGGUGUUGCUGGUGGUAGUGAAGACAGUGGGAAGGGUGUUGCUGGUGGUAGCGAAGAAGGUGGGAAGGGUGUUGCUGGUGGUAGUGAAGAUGUUGGGAAGGGUGUUGCUGGUGAUAGUGAAGAUGGUGGUGAUGGUGGUAACGGUGCUGGUGGUGGAGACCGUGGUGAUAAAGGUGGCGUUGGUGUUGGAGAGGGAGUAUGUGAGGAAGGAUGCGAUACAACUGAUGCAUUCAUAUUCAAACGAGAUGACAACGGGGGUACCGGUGCUGAGUGUGGUUCCACUGGGUCAUGUGGAGCGGACCCAACUCCCUGUUCCCCUGCAGCUCCUGCUCCUGCUCCUAAGCCACAAGCGCCUGCUCCGCCUGUUCCAGCUCCACGAGCACCUGUGUCAUAUCCUAAGGCCGCAUCACCAUCUCCUCGUGCCCCAAGACCUCGAGCCCCAGCCAGAGCACCCAAAGCCCGUGCUCCUCCCGCGAGAGAUCUCCCGGCCUUCGCUCCCUCGGCUCCAGCUUCCGUUCCCGCUCACGAUGCCGUGGAUGGGGUGGAAGGCACUGCCGACACAGCUGACUACGAUGGAGGGUACGGUGGAGGUAGCAUAGGAGAAGGAUACGGAGGUUGUGGAAGCGAUAGCAGCGAGGAAUGUGACAGCUCUUCACCGGGAGGUGUGGAACAAUCACAGGGUGGAAAUGGCGGAGAAGUUGCCGAGGGAGGAAUAGACUUUCACGUCGUGUCUGGUAGUAAACCCGCAGCAGCUCCAGCUGGAUCCCCUGCGCAAUCUCCACGUCAUCGAGUCGCCAAUGCUAUUCCAAGAGCUCCGGCCCCUCCAGCUCCCCGUGCUCCAGCUCGUCGUCCAAAGAUCCCAUCACCUCCCCCACGCAGACCUGCUUCUUCACCUGCCGUCCCCAAAGCUCCUCAACCUAAAGCACCGGCUCCUCCGAAGCCAUCAGCUCCAAUGGCUCCAGCUCCUGAACCUAAAGCACCGGCUCCUCCAAAGCCAUCAGCUCCUGAACCUGAGGCACCUAGUGGAGAUAAAGGAUGCGAUGAAAAUGGAGAGAACGGAGGAAGCAGUAACGGCUGCGAUACUACAACUGGUGAUAAUGGUAAAUUAGCCUAG